AUAUAAAAUGAAAGCAACGGCAUAUUUCACGCUCGUUAUUCAGAGCCGUAAGGGAAAAUCGGAAGCAAAGGAAAAGAAGAGAAGAGAAGAAGAAAACAAAAUUUGCUAAAAACACUUUUCCCCCUAUCCUCUUUCUAGUACUUACCGCCCCUCCGGCUCGCAACCCCCUCCACCGCCUCUCUCUCUCUCUCUCUCGUCGCCGCCGCCUCCUCCACCCCUGCCUCGCCCAGGAGUUAAUGCUUGAAUUUUAGGUGCCUUUUGAUUCAAUGAUGAUGAAUGCAACAAUUCAAGUUACCGUGGUGAAUCCUCAGGUUUAUUUCAGUAAUGCUUCUGUGGGUCGCCGGCUUCCUUUGACACCAGGUGCAUUGCAAAUGAAUUGGGAUCCUCUUUCCAUGGGGACUUCCUUGAGCCCACUAGUAAAACCUCUGUCUAACAUGCGAUGUGCACCCAUAUUAAAAUCUCGGAAACCACUCCAUGUUUGUUUAGCCGGUGGACAAGGCAUGAUGGAAAAUAAUCAGGAUGGCUCGUGGACAUCUUUUGACAAAACUAUGGAACAAUUUAAGGGACAGUCCCUUGAGGAUUUAUUCCGACAGCAAAUUCAACAGGGGGGAGGUGGGGCCAAGCCACCACAUGGAGGUGGUGGCGGUGGUGGCGGCAGCUCAGGUGGAUCAGAUGAUGGACGCUUUGGGUUGUCAGAUGAGACUCUCCAAGUCGUUCUAGCAACAAUCGGCUUUCUGUUUGUGUAUAUUUGUGUCAUCGAUGGCAUGGAACUUGCAAAGCUAGCUAGGGACGGCAUCAACUAUAUGAUAACUGGAAAGCAAAGUCUUCGAUUAAAGCGUGCGGCAUACAAAUGGACACGUCUUUACAGGAUGUUGACAGAAAAGAAGGAAGCUGACAAGCGUCAGUCUGAGAACGCCUCAACUUCAAGCAACACUGAUUACUACAGAGAUGCCAUUAGGAAGUACAUGGAAUCAAAUUCAGAUGAAUGAUUGUUGACUCUGUAUAUUCCUGUUCUCCCUUGUUUAAUUAGUGGAGCUACGCUUGCAGUUAGAUCAAUUCAUAUGAGCUAGGAUGGUUUUCUUCUUUAAGGCAUAGGGAGCAUAUUCAACAUUCAUACGAUGUGUCAACAUUUGAGAAUUACAAACUUUCCAAAUAAAUUCAGAAGCAAUUUUGGGUGGAAGUGGAACAUUAUGUUGGUGAACUUGAUUAAUGGACCCAUCAUAGAAAGUCUUGUCUGAUUCCAUUUAA